ACACACAUUUUGUUAAUGUAAUAAUUGACAGAAAAAUAUCCAGGACAUUAAUAUUAAAUUUAUAAUGUUUGCUGAAUUCUUUAUUCUACCAUAAAAUAAAUAAAUCAAUCAACAUUCAACAUACUUGAAUAACCCUAUCUCCAAAUCGCAUAUUAAUCAAUAGAAAAAGCAUUUUUUAAUUAAUAGCGAUUGGUAAACCAUAUUAUCCAAUAUUCGGCGUGUGAUUUCAUCUAAAAAAAAUUUUUUAUCGAUUAUCACCUACUUAAAUAUAAAUUUAUCGGUCUUUAUUUCUUCUCAGUUUGUGGCUAUUUAAAAAUAAAUAAUAUAUUUUAUCUAUUUGUAUCAAAACGAUAAACUAAUUAAUUCGACAGAUCACUGUAAAUAGUGUAAUUCGUAAUAUUCUACAAAUACUCCGGACCAACCUACCACAUUAAUAUUCUACAAAUACCCCGGACCAAACUACCACAUAAAUAUUCAUAAAUCGCUUAUCCUAUUUUACUUACCACUUAAGCGUUAGGCUUACCACAAAAUCAAACAACGUCAAUUUCAUAAUUUUAUACAUAAAUAUCUUGAUUUUACCUGUUUUUUUUUACAAAAACUCCUAUUUAAAUUACUUACUUUCAUUAAUCAACAAAAAUAAACGUCUGAAUCUCAUGAAAACCUUAACUUAUCGAAUACUAUUCAUGUCUCCUCAUAUAUUCUUCUCGACACCGCUUUGAACACAUUAGACACACAUACACAUACCUAGCACCAUUUUUAACCAUCCAUUCCAAAUGCCAGCUGUCAUGAAACUCGGUGGUGGUAAUAGCAGCAUGGGCUCUUCUGGGGCUACUUCUGCACUGUCUUCAGCAUCUGCUUCCGCAUCAUCUGCAGCGGCGGCCGUAUUGGGUAGCGUGGUCGGGGGAGUAGCUGGCGCCGCGGGAGGAGUGCUAUCGGGUGCAGGGGCUAACUCCGACGGUAUGCGAGGCCUCGCUACCUUUAUAGGUGACAUUCGGAACUGCAAGUCGCGUGAAGCGGAAAUCAAACGGGUCAAUAAGGAACUAGCUCACGUGAGGGCUAAAUUCGCCGGGGAUCGAACUCUGGAUGGCUAUCAAAAGAAGAAAUACGUUUGCAAGCUUCUAUUCGCAUUCUUGCUCGGUCACGACAUCGAUUUUGGACGUAUGGAGGCCGUUAAUUUGCUCAGUUCCAAUAAGUACACAGAGAAGCAAAUAGGCUACCUGUUCAUAUCUGUUCUGAUAAGCCCCCACAACGAGCUCAUGAAACUUGUCAUCCAAGCACUGAAGAACGAUCUCUCCAGCAAAAAUCCCGUAUUCGUAUGCUUGGCUCUCAAUUGCAUCUCCAACCUUGGAUCUUCGAAAGAGAUGGCCGAAGCCUUCGGUCAGGAUAUCCCCAAAAUAUUGACCACCGGGGACAGCAGCGACAGCGUGAAGCAGAGCGCCUCACUUUGCUUGCUCAAGCUUCUCCGCUCCGGACAUCGCGAGCACCUCGUAAAUAUGCCUGAAUGGGCUGGGCGGGUGGUCCACCUACUGAACGAUCAGCAUUUGGGAGUCGUUACCGCGGCAUGUCCUCUCGUCAACGAAUUGGUGGGGCUCGACCCGGGCGCCUACAAAACCUGCCCCAACUUAGCUGUCUCAAGGCUCUCUCGCAUAGUAACGGCUUCUUACACCGACUUACAGGACUACACUUAUUACUUUGUACCGGCUCCUUGGCUCUGCGUUCAAUUGCUCCGAUUACUUCAGAAUUGGACUGGGCCUGGCCUCGAACCUGCCACGAAAGUUAAGCUGCUUGAAUGCUUGGAUACCGUCUUACUCAAGGCAACCGAACCUCCAAAAUCCAAAAAGGUGCAGCAUUCUAACGCGCGUAAUGCUGUGCUAUUCGAAGCUAUAGAUUUAGUGGCCCAUCUUUAUAGCUCAAUUGAAACCUAUGCCCAAGAUGGAGAUAUAGGAGAUGAAGGAGAGGCACUUAGCACUUCGACUACUACCAGUAAAAGUCAUCACCCCAUCACGGAAGCAUCCUUGAUUCGUCGAUCUUGCGAUAUUUUGGGCCGCUUUCUGCAACAUAGGGAAACCAAUCUCCGUUUUCUCGCGCUUUCCGCUCUCGGAUCGCUCGUCACGGUCUCGUCGGGUUCUUGCGGAUCACGCGCGGAUCCUAUAAGCGCAGCCGUAACCCGUAAUCGCGAUCACAUAGUUGGAGCUCUGAGAGGGGAGCGGGACCCGAGUGUAAGGCGAGGGGCCGCCGACCUUCUAUACGCCUCUUGCGGACCCAAUCCCGCAGACUGCGAGUUCGUUUGCUCCACUUUGGCCGAUUAUUUGACAGGUGAGGGUUGUGUAGCCCCUGCCGAUUAUGGCGCCCGAGAGGAGACCGUUCUCAAAAUGGCGGCUUUGGCGGAGCGGUACGCCAAGGAUAGGACCUGGUACCUCGACACUAUCUUGAAUCUUAUUAGAAUGGCGGGCGAUCACGUCAGCGAAGAGGUCUGGUACCGGGCAGUUCAAAUUGUAGUUAACCACGAAGACCUUCAAGGUUACGCGGCAAAGGCGGUUUUCGAAGCCCUGGUGAGACCUCCGGUGACGGCAAAAUCGCAAAAUCCCAAUGAUCAUAAUGUGGUGGACUACUUUUAUUGCCAUGAAAAUUUGAUCAAAGUCGGAGGCUACAUACUAGGCGAAUUCGGUAACCUGAUAGCCGGGGAUCCUAGGUCGGGACCAGCCUUGCAAUUCGCGGCUCUGCACUCCAAAUUCCAUCUGUGUUCAAACCAGACCAAAGCUCUACUUUUAUCUACUUACGUUAAAUUCGUUAACCUCUUCCCCGAAAUCAAGGAAGAGAUUUUGCAGGUGCUAAAUUCCGAUUCCAAUAUCCGUUCUUCAGAUCCAGAGAUCCAGCAAAGGGCCGUGGAAUACGUGCAACUCUGCAAUGUGGUAUCCCCAGAUGUUUUAGCAGUGGUUCUCGAGGAGAUGCCACCUUUCCCAGAAAAUUCCAGUUCGGCCUCGCUUCUCACUAGACUAAUAAAGGACAAGAAAAAUACCAACAAUAAAAAGACGUCUACAACGGAAGAUAUGGCCACUCCCAAAAAGCAUACCCGCCAUCCUCCACAAGAGCACGCCAACGACAACCUGGACCUAAUCUCAGUGACGUCGCCAUCUCCAUCCGUAGCUCGUAGCGUUCCUGGGUUAGUUGAAAUGGAGGCGGAAGGAGACGUGUUUGCUCGAUUGUUCGCGCCCACGCAACACAAAACCAAAAAUGACCCCAUCAUUUCCGCGUUUAAGGACGCGGGAGAGAAUCAUCACGAAUCUACGAAUAAUAACAUCACUAAGGACAUUUACGGUGGCUAUUCCAUGGAUAAUAGGGAACAUCCAACGAUUAGUCACACCCCAUUGAGAGAAAUCCUCGGCCGAUUCGCUCUUAAGAACGCGGGUCUUCUUUAUGAAGAUUCGCGCUUGCAAAUUGGCGCUAAAAUUGGCCAAUCAGCUGGUGGUGGCAAAUCGAGCAACCAAUCGGUGACCGUCUUUUACGGGAACAAAAGUGCGCGCUACGUUUUGGAAAAUUUUAGCGUUCGGGCUUUUUUUGAUUCCACCGGAAAAGAUGAAAGGAAACCUGAAGACUUGCAUAAUACGGGAAGUUUGACCAACGGUGGCUUGAGUUCGUUUUCAAAACCAGCUGUAGCCUCUAUCGAUGAUUGUAUCAGCUUAGUAUCUUCAGCCUUAAACAUCGACAAAUUAGGGAUAGGUGUACAAGCCCAACAAAAUUUUUCAGUUAUCAACCGAGUCUCACCCUCAGCCGACCCAACCUCGGAGUAUUUCUAUCGAACACCUCGCUUACGGGUUGAGUUCUCUAUCCAAACCCAAAACCCCUCCUCAUCCGACCCCUUUACGAGUUCGACACUUUUCAAUUCCGACAGCAAUGCGUCAAACAAAAGCAACAUUUUCAGCGAUAAUUUUAACGAUUUCACCGGCGGGGGCCUUAACAAGCAGCAAGGAACCAAACAAUGGUUUAUGAUAGAUACCUACUUACCGAUCUGCAUCAACAAAUUUUGUGAUGCCCAGUCGCCUCAAACUAUGAUGGAUCAAAGCGGAUUUUUUCAAAGAUGGAAAACUUUGGUAAACCCCGGCCAAGAGUAUCAAAAAGUUUUCAAAGCUUCCUUCCCUAUCGAUGCGCAAGCCAACCGUGACAAAAUCACCAAUUUUGGAUUGACAGUUUUAAUUGGCAUAGACAGUAAUGAGGAUAACAUAGUAGCGACAGGCAUUAUCAACACCGAAUCUCAACCAAUAGGAUGUUUGUUGAGAUUAGAACCGAACAGGAAAUCAUCGAUGUACAGGUUGACUAUUCGAUCCACCAGGCCCGCAGUAAGCAAAGAGCUCGGAUUUUUAUUGACAGAAACCAAUUUAUUUUAAAAAAUAAAAGGGGAUAACCUUCCGAAGAAUUAGGAUCAAAAAAAAAAAUUAUUCAUGCUCACACAUCUUAUAAAAGAAUUAUAUUAUUUUUUAAAUUAUAUUCCCGUUUCUUUCUUUUCAAUUGUUUUAAUAUAUCUUAACCCUGCAUUUAUAGUUGGCAUGAAUUCGCGAGGAAAUAUACAAAAUAUGCUGUAUUU